UCGUCAAGCAACUUACCGACGGCUUCCUACUGACGGAUGGGAGGGUUACUAUUAACGAACGGUAAGCAUAUUGUAUGGAAAAGACAGUUUAUCGCGUUCCUAUAAAUAUUUUUAACGUCAAUAAGCUGUCAAAGUUACUAUUCGUAUAGCAUUUUGUUUACCCGUCGAUUUCGGGCGGUUAAUUUUUUACAAUUUCAAUAAUUCCGCUUAAAUUCUGAAAUGUCUAGUUCAGAUAGUGAUAGGGAAGUGUUUCGUAUUCUAUCGAAUAUUGAUACUGAUUCAGAAGACGAUAGUGGGCGUGAAAGAACAUAUAGAGAAAGAGUGGAUUUUUUUGUGACCCUAGAUUCUUACGACUUUCAAGUGAGAUUUCGACUCGACAAAGAGUCUGUCGAACAAUUACUUCUGGAAAUUUAUCCAGACAUACGAAUAAAAGAAGCCAGGAAUCAUGGGAUAUCUCCGCUGCAUCAAUUACUUCUGACGCUGAGAUUCUACGCUUUAGGGACAAUGUUAAUAUCAGUGGCAGACUUUGUGGGUGUGUCCAAAACAUCAGCUUGUCGCAUUGUGCGUGACAUCAGUUCUGCUAUAGCUAAAUUGUAUAAGAAAUAUAUUUACAUGCACUCUGACACAGAACAAGACUUUUAUAACGUAGCUCGAUUUCCACGUGUUCUUGGGGCACUUGAUGGGACUCACAUUAGAAUACAAUCACCAUGCGCUCAGAUCGGAGAAGAAUUCCGAAACCGAAAAGGUUAUUUUUCCCUGAAUGUGCAAGCGGUGUGCAAUGCCAACCUAAUUUUUAUGAAUUUGGUGGCUCGUUGGCCAGGCUCCUCUCAUGAUGCUACUAUAUUCAACUCUUCAGAACUGCGUGCACAAUGUGAAAGUGGAUUAUUCGGCAAUAAAUGGUUGCUUGGAGACAGUGCAUAUCCCCUGAAACCUUAUCUUUUAACACCGCUACUAAACCCACAAACACGGGGUCAAUUAUUAUAUAAUGAAGCACAUAUCCGAACAAGAAAUUGCAUUGAAAGAUGUUUUGGCGUUUGGAAACGGCGAUUCCCUGUUGUGUCUUUAACUUUGCGCCUGAGUCUCUUACGAGCCCAUACUGUCAUUGUAGCCACAGCAGUACUCCACAAUAUUUGCCGUACUAAAAGUUUGGCAGAUGUACCACCAGAGGUUGAAAUACCUGCUGCAGAGGCUGUUCCUGUCGCUAAUAAUGUUGAAGACAUUAAUAUUAUGGAAAGGGAAACAUUGAUUGCAGAAUAUUUUAAUAAUUUAAACAAAUAAAAACGGACGGCAGGAGCGAUUUGGUGCUUCUCACUUAUGAGGCUGACCUGCUAGCCACUUUGCCACAGGCACCCUUUUCGUCCACACAGUAAUAAUGAAUAAUAAUUAUGCUUGUGUACUGUGUAGCCUAUAAGCCAAACUUAUGUAUAUAUAUAUAUAUUUAUAAAUAUAUGUUUGCAAUGUAAGAAUCAAUAUUUUAAAUACGUAUUGUAAAUAAUAAAAAACAAAUAAAAUAAAAAUAAAAAUUUUAUUUCUUUCUUUACAAAAACUGAUAACCUAAUAUAGUACAACAAAAGGACCAUAAUAAUAGAAAGUACAAUAUUAAUAAAUCUUUAGUUUUACCAAAAUGUACUUAUUUUCUUAUUAGCUAACUCUUUGGUGUUGGGAGGACAAGAUCCACUUUGGGUAAAGUAGCAAAAAAGAAAUUCAAAUUCAAAUUAUAAAAAGCAGUCUAUGGAGAAAACUGACAAGAAACUCCACAGUUGCUCUUUUAAAAUCAUGUCAAUAUAUUACAAUUUAAUUUUGCAUAAUAUGUAACUACAUAAUAUAUGCCAAAGAACUGUCCUGUGAU